UCUGCAAUGGCAGCCUAAUCUCAGCUCGCAGGACCCCGGAACUACGGGCAGCCUCAACCGUCUGUGUUGGAUGCACAUGUGGCUGCUGCUGUCUGUGUGACUGAGAAGCAUGGGGGAUUGCAUUGAGUUAUUGUGUGGCUGCUAUGAGCAGAUAUUGUUCGGGUAUCAUGUGCAGCCAGAUGGCGAGCAAUGGACGGCAACAGCUGACUUUACACACCAUGCCCACACUGCUUCCUUAUCUGUGGUAGCUGCAAACAACAGAUUUGUAAUCACUGGAAGUAAGGAUGAAACAAUUCAGAUCUAUGACAUGAAGAAAAAGGUGGAACACGGAGUUCUUCUUCAUCACAAUGGUAGUAUCACAUGUCUGGAGUUCUACGGCAACACACACCUGUUGAGUGGAGCUGAGGAUGGAUUGAUUUGUGUGUGGAACAUCAAGAAAUGGGAAUGUCAACAAACCUUCAAGGCUCACAAGGGCCAUGUCUCCUCUCUUUCAAUACAUCCGUCUGGAAAAUUAGCAUUAUCUGUCGGCACAGACAAAACUUUAAGAACCUGGAACCUUGUUGAUGGUCGCUCUGCUUUUAUAAAAAAUAUCAAACAAAAUGCACAGAUCGUUCAGUGGUCUCCCAGUGGAGAGAAAUACGUGGUGGUGAUGCAGGACAGGGGGGAUGUGUACAAACUGGAAACUGCGUCUAUUAUUGGCACAAUCAAUAAUCCAAAGAGAAUAUCUUCAAUACAUUUUAUAACGGAUACUCUCCUGGCUGUGGCUGGGGAUGAGGAUAUUAUCAGACUCUAUGACACAGACUCUCAAAAAUCUGUUUGUGAAUAUAAAGCUCAUGAAACCAGAGUGAAGAGUCUCCAUUCUUUUGAGUAUGAAGGCUGUCAUAUUAUUGUAUCUUCAUCUAGUGAUGGAUAUGUUAAGAUGUGGAAGAUUGAUUUGGAUAAGUUAGAUACUGCACCCACAUUGCUGUGUGAGGUGAGCACAUCAGCCAGGCUUACGUGUCUUUCAGUAUGGCUCCCUAGAGUCAGUGAUAAUAAAGCAAAGAAAACCCCAGAAGCCACUACAGAGAAAGAGACUAAAUGUCCCAAGAAGAAAGUAGAGGCCCCCAAGGAGCAAACAGAGAAUUCAGACGCAGAACAAGAGGGAGAAACCGAGGUGGUGCACAAGAAGAGGAAACUUUCAGAAAAGAAAAAGUUAAAGAAGAAGAAGCCAAACAAAGACUAAGCCUCUCUUAUGCACAUAUUAUGUUAUCUGGCCUAGUUUAAUGUUUACAUUGCAGCAAUACAAAGACAGUAAGAGUUCUUUCUGACAGCUCAGUUCAGUCUAUUUAACAUCUUUGCGAUAUUCUAUUACUAGCCAGAAAUCAGGUUAUGAGAUCUCUGUAAGGACAGAUUAGUUCUAUGUGUAAAAAAAAAGAAACAGAAAUACUUGGGUCCCAAGUAGAACAGAUGUGAUUUAACCGUUUGUCAGUCUCACACCUCUUUGCUAGCAGCCAGUAGCAUCUUUUUAUUUGUACAGUGAUUGAACCUCCAAUGUGAAUCCUGUUGCAGUUUGUAUAAAGGACUUUUUUCUUCCUUACCCAUUAGGUCCAUGUUCCAUCUUCAAUUUCUGUUUUUAAAUAAAGUAUUUUUAUUGAA